AUAAAAAAAUGGAAUAUUAUCAUGGCGGUAGACCAAGAUUAUUGGGCGUUGUUCUUAACACCUGUUGCUGUUGCUUAACUUAAAAUUCAAAGGAGACCAACAGCAUUUAUUAAUAAAAUUCAGUUUCAAUCAUGGUGCAACAAAACACAAGCAAUGGGUAAAAGUGAUGAAAACAAUGAAAUUAUAAUACAUGCAGGCGAAUCAACCUUUCUUAGAAAAACAACAAGCGAGGCCAGUAAAAUGCUAGAAGCUGCUUUGUUACAAAUGGACGACAUUAUUUCUGGUGCUUGUACAGACAGCAAUAAUGACGGAAAUACAGAAUGGAAAGAUACCGUUAAAGAAGCUGCAAGAAAUCUCGUGUCUGCAAUUAAAAGUGCACCAUGUCCUCCUUCUACUCCUGAUGCAGCUACUACUGAAAUUUUAUUGCAGUGGAUGCAACCAAGUUGCCCUUUGGGUUAUGGUAAAUUGCCUGCUUUCCGAGGAAGUGAGCCUAAUCUUUGUGCAACUAUAAAUUUGACUCACAUUGGGAAUCACCUACACUGCUGUUCUGCUGUUCAUAAUAUGAGAGUUUGUUCUGAAGAACACAGUUAUCAAGGAAAUGCUAAAGAAUACAGAGGAAAACGAGGCAAUCAAUCUUAUGAGUCAGGAAAAGAACGACAGUUCAGGAAUAGGAUAAAUUAUGAACAAAAAGCUAGGUCGCACACAGAUCUCUUUUUAAGAAGAAGAGAAUCUCCUUAUUGUUGCUCCCUACAGCACUUUCAUGAUACUCAAAAUUGGAAUGAGUAUCAAACACCUAGCGAGGAACGUUUACGAAAAUCAGAAAAUGAACGCGGGGCAUUACGUAUGGAAGUGUCAGUUUUAUCUGAGCAAGUGGAUGCACAGUCUACUAAAAUUCAAGAAUUGGAAAGUUUGCUCAGAGAAAAGAAAGAUUCUCUUAGAAGAAUGGAAGAGGCACUGCAAAAAGAAGUACUUUCAAGAAGUGCUUUGGAAACACAAAAGUUAGAGCUUUUAAGCUCUUUAUCAGAAAUGAAGCUUAGACUAACAAAUUUAGAACACGAAAAUCUUGCACUUCGUAGUGCAAACCUUAUGUCAAAUGAAGAGCGAUUUGAAAGGCAUACCAGCCAAUAUAGCAGUCUUCCUAGGCCGCCGAAUUCUUCAAAGAAAGGCGUAGCAUUCGGUAAGGUUUCAAGUUUAGCUUCAGGGACACACACGACGGUACCACUGGCCAUUAGGGGAGUCUCCGCGAGAUGCCUGUCUGCGCCUACUCUAGCUGAAGAAGAAAAAACGAUUAUUAUAGGAGACCCAAAUUCUCGAUUAGAAACUCAGAAACCUUUGGCGGAGCUCUCGAUGGAAGAAAUUGAAGAUUGGCUCGCGAAUCUAGGAUUAGAAUGUUAUGCGGGUGAAUUAAGACGAUGGGGUGCAACUGGAGCAAAAUUACUUGAAUGCUCACAACAGCAGCUAGAAAGAGAGCUGGAAAUAAAAAAUAUUCUUCACAGAAAGAAAUUGUUGUACGCAAUAGAGUCAGAAAAAUAUGGCGGCAGUGAGUUUUUUGGAUCGGAUAAGAUGGAUAAUGCAGCCGUUCUACGAUGGCUCGAUGAUAUUGGUUUACCACAACAUAAAGAAGCUUUUCAAAUCGGUAAAGUCGAUGGUAGAAUGUUACAUAGACUUACUACCGAAGAUCUUUUAAAUCUUGGAGUUACUGCACAAUUACAUGCUGCAAGUCUUAGACGAGGAAUUCAGGUUCUUCGUGAAUUAAAUUUUGAGUUUGAUAACCUUGAAAGAAGAUCUGCAAACGGUAACGGAGCUGAUGGUAGUAAUGUUCGUCUCUGGACAAACCAUCGAGUAAUGGAAUGGCUCAGAGUAGUUGAUUUGGCAGAAUACGCACCCAAUAUGAGAGGAUCCGGAUUACAUGGAGGUUUAAUGAUGUACGAAGGCAGAUUUACUUCAGAAUUAUUGGCUACGUUGCUUAGUAUUUCCCCUGGAAAAACUCUUCUUCGUAGACAUUUAACAACACAUUUCAAUCAAAUUCUCGGUAGAGAAGUUGUACAGAGAAAAAGGGAAAUUGAAAGCACUCUUGGAUUCAUUCCACUUACGCUUACCGCUCGCUUGAAGGUACCAAAGAAAUCUCAGUUUACAUUAAAGCGUAAGAAGAGCAAAAAUGAAGCGGAUUAUGGUAAUUUGGUCUGUCCUCUGGAAUCGUCACCGCCAGGUACUCCAUCGACUCCUACUUCGACUCCAGGCAGUCCAAAUUUGAAUUCACCGACGUUCUAACUACAUCGCACAUUCAUAAUCUCUUAGGAAACUGCAACCUACGUCGAUUAAAAUUGUAAACAAAAGUCUCGAUUUACUAGUUUUCCGGAUGACCAGUCGACCUCUUCAGUGUCACCAACAAUCUUUGGAUAGACCAAACAAAAUUGUAACAUUAGAGUAAUUUGCCAAUAAUGUUAUUGUUAUAACAUUCUAAUGCUUAGCCCUCAGUUAAUUUUACAGUAAAUUUGUCGAUUGUAUUCGAGAUUCUAAAAUAUUAAGCAAAAUAAGUGAACGCAUAUAAUGGAUGACAAUAGGAAUUGUUUUUAUUAUCGUAACGAAUGUAAGGAACUUUUUAAUUUUAGAACGAUCGUUUAAGAUGUACAAUAAUCUUACCCAGGGACAACAAUAUUUUAUCGUUCACCUAGUUUUACGCUAGGAAACUCAGCGUUCGGUCGCCAUAUUUCAAACCCAUUUCCAAUAUUAGUUGUAAUAAGCAACAGAAACAUCAACACUAAUCUGUACUGUACUGUAAUUUUAAUUGCAGGUAGUUGCUGUUACAGUUGUCAUUUAUAAUUGUAAUUGGGUUUAGUCGUGAUUAGCGAUUACAAAUUAUAAUCUGUAAUUGCCAUUACCGAUUAUACAUUUGUAAUUGUAAUCGUUAAUCAAACUAAUAUUCUGCCUAACGACCUUUUCAUAGAUUUGUUAUAAACUUAUAAAGUUGAUAAAUAAUGAAUCUCCAAUAAAUAUGUGUAAAUUUUCUACAUUUAUACAACAUUUAGAAAUUAAUUUACACUAUUUCUAUUUGUAGUACAUUAAAUUUAGUAUUUGUUCGUAGAAAAAUCAUUUACUUAUAAUGAAAUUUCUGUUUAUAACAAGUGUAUGGAAAAGGUUUUGAAAUUUGUAAAUUCAUAAAUUUUAUAUUUAUAAUAAAAGUGAAUGUAACUUAUCGGGCAAUCGUCGCGAACGGUUAACGUUUAUCUGUUUCAAUUGUAACUGUUGCUUUGAUUAAGUUUUGCUCAACACUUCCAGGACAUCAAAAUAGAAAAGAUUACUGAAGAAGCACGUUUAUUCUCUUCGAGGGAAUAAAAGUAGAUUCAAAAUUAAAUUUUGUAAGCAUGUACGACAUUGUUGACUAUAUAUUGUCAGGUCAAAAUUAAUGAAUUAAUUUGUGUCUAUAUUCGGCAUUUACCUAUUGAAAUCAGAGGAAACAACAGUCUUUUUGAUACACCUCAAACAUUUGGUUACAAACAUUAUGUAAAAUUAUUUAGAAUAUUAAUUCAUACUUUUGAGUGUGUUUAGUAUUACCAGAGCAAUAAAUGAUAAAUACGAAAAAUAAGUGUCUUGGAAUGGUGCACACAAAAAAUCGAGAAGAUACUAUCUUCGGCUAUCGAUUGUGAAAGAAGGAACGAACGAACGGGUCUUAAGAAUAAACGUGAAGUUUUAAACGUUUGUUGCGGUAUAUAUGAUAUAUGUGUAAAGGCAAAAUACAGAACAAUCAAAAAUUAAAUGUGAAUUUAUCGUAAUCAAUUGAGACUAUCGUGCAUUGCCAAAUAAUUUGACGACCUAAGAUAGCGGCCGUUGUAAAAAUUGACUAGCUUCAUGAUAAGAUUUGCAAUUUUAUAAGAAUCUUUGUAAAAGAAUUUAAAUAUACUGGUGAUACAUUCAAAAUAUAA